ACUUAAGGCUUUGUAUCAGCCUCCACUUACAUUAGUCUGGGAUCAAAACUUAAAAUAGAUUUUUUUUUCUUUCUUUUACAGUAGGCCAUUUCAGUAUUUCCUACCCUACUAUACUCUGUAGGGUUCAAAACGGAAAAUGUAACUUUAUAAUGGCAAUACUGCCUGUAGGCUAUAAUAUUUUUAGAAUUCGUGUUGUUAAAGCUCAAAGAAUCAAGCUGUGACAUUUUGCAUCAUAUCUGAAUUGGUAGUAGAUGGUAGUAAUAUUAUGUAUGUGUACACUUCCUUUAACAACCUGUAAUUGUAGCUUGUUGUAGCUUCAAUCCAAAAUGCAAAUGUGAGACUGUGUGGGCAAAGCGAUGUUUCGUUAUUUCAAUGAGGGAGGAUGAGAGACAGCUCAUACACACACUCAACCACACGUCGGUAUUAUGUUUAACAUGUCGUUACCGGCACCGACAGAAUGAUUAACUAUCGCACGCUGAGUCAACGUAACUGUUAGCUGUUUAUGUUUAAAACUCACCGGCUGCCCUCACGGCGGUUACAACCAGUGUGUGAAAUUAACGUUAACUCAACCGCCUCCCUCCUUGCUCAACGGAUUUUUUUUUUUUUACAACGGCUGUUUUUUGGCUGUUUUUUUACCCACAGUCAUGUGAUUGUAACGUAAAACCCCUAACCGGAAAACACCGACGGACGACCCCUCUCCGCCGCCAACGAAUGCUGCGUUUUUCAAGGAACAGUACAAGCUGCUGCGAGCCCAGAGAGGACAGGACGGACGAGUCUCCGGUAACAAACAAACAAACGGCGACACGGCAAACUCCGCGGAUUUAAACGGAGCGCAGGUUGAAGAAUGGAGUUGGCCAACCAUGGUCUUAUCCUGCUGCAGCAGCUUAACGCUCAGAGGGAGUUUGGCUUCCUGUGCGACUGCACUGUGGCAAUCGGAGAUGUCUUCUUCAAAGCCCACAAGGCCGUCCUCGCUGCCUUCUCCAACUACUUCAGAAUGCUCUUCAUUCACCAGGACAGUGACUGUGUGCGUCUGAAGGCUGCUGACAUACAGCCAGAUAUCUUCAGCUACCUCCUCAACCUGAUGUACACAGGCAAGCUCGCACCCCAGUUGAUAGACCCUGCACGGCUGGAGCAGGGGGUCAGAUUCCUGCAUGCCUAUCCCCUCUUGCAGGAGGCCAGCCAGUCAGUGUAUUCACACCCGGAGCAGAGCAUCAACCUCUCCACCUCCCUCUACGGCAUCCAGAUAUCUGACCAACAGGUGGCGAUGUCAGCUCGGUUGGCUUCUCGUCGGCAGCUCUCCUCACCCUUCGACAUGGAGCAGCUCAGCUCAGAGGGAAAGUGUCCGUCCACACCAGCUGUGACAGCUCCGUACGCAAAUUCCUUACCAUUCAAGUUGGCUCCCUCACCCCCAGACAUGGAGGCCUCAACCAGCGGCACAAAGCCCACAGUUGAGGAAGGGGGAACAGACUUGCUAACUGCAGAUGGCGCUGCAGCCAGUGCCAUCCUCCAUGUGAAGCCCAGCAUCAUGAAGAGAAAUUCCUCCUUUAGGAAGCAUUACUCCUGUCACCUGUGCAGGACUCGAUUCACCCAGAGAAGCCUCCUGAGAGAGCACCUCCUGCAGCACACCCAGACUAUGCAGCAGACCCCGUCGGAGGUUGGCAAUGCACUCUCAUCUGUACUGACUGGAGAGCACAGCAUGCUAGAGUUGGAGGGUGUCCUUAAGGGAAACAAGGUCGGCAUAAAUGCCUCAGGUGACACUACAGCAGUCGAGGUAAUCAGUGAUAGUGAGCAAACGCCCAUUUCAGGUACCAACUCGGACUCUCCCAGAGCAGAGGUGUCCACGUCCAGUUGGGGUUUUGGGGGAAUAAACUCUCAGGCAGACACACCGCCUCCGUCAGACAUUGCGGACAUCGACAACCUGGAGAGUGCCGAUUUGGACCGUGAAGUGAAGCGACGGAAGUACGAGUGCUCCACCUGCGGGCGCAAGUUCAUUCAGAAGAGCCACUGGCGUGAACACAUGUACAUCCACACAGGCAAGCCCUUCAAAUGCAGUGCUUGUGGCAAGAGCUUUUGCCGUGCCAACCAGGCAGCCCGCCACGUGUGCCUGAACCAAGGGGCCGACGCCUACACCAUGGUGGACCGACAAAGCAUGGAACUUUGCACUGCGGGUGAUGACAGCAGUCAGAUGGAGGCAAUGUUCUUGGGCUCGUCGAAGCCUUACAAAUGUAACAUUUGUGCGACAACCUUCUCUAGUCCCAAUGAGGUGAUCAAACACCUCUGUUUCACCCAAGGGGGAUUAGGGGGCAUGCAGGGAAACACGGGGUCAGGCGCACUGCUCCAGCAUGAAGAGUUUUCUAAAGACGAAGGCUCCGAUUUGUCCAACUCUGGCACCCCACUUGAACCCAUAAAGACUGAAGAGAUCCUUGUAGAGUAGUGCCAAAACUGUGUAUUUGUCUUUUUUUAACACGUUGAUUUUCUAAAUUAUGGUAAAUAGGUGAGCUAAAAGAGAAGUUAGUCAGGGUAUGUAUGUUGGAGGCUCUUGAUCUACUUAUUUUGUGUGUGUGUGUGUGGGGGGGGGGGUUGUUAGGUUUUCUGGGGGACGUACAGCAAGUAACAUUACAAUUUGGCUCAAGGCUAAGUUAAAUACCAAUGAGGGCAGGAAAAUAACUACUACCUUGUUUCAUCUCAUCAUUUUAUUGUUGGUGUACAUUAGUGUUCGAUUCUCACAUGGCGGGCUCUGCCACCUUGGUUUUUCUGAAGAGCAGUCGUUGUGGUGAGGUGCACAGGCCGACUUUCAGUUAAGAAGGAAGAGGAAGCAGAAACGGUUCCGGAGGAGACAGCACGCUUUGCUAGGUGUGAGGAGAAGAGGUGCAAGCUACUAACAUUUAUUCCCUCUGGAACUGCGUAUAAGUAACAUUUCUUCAUGGUCUGAAAUGAAAUGCUGGUCUGCAGAUCAGGUAUAGAAUUAUAAUUCCAGAUAAAUCACAUAACAUAUUCAGACCUGAGACAAUCCAUGCUCUUCUUAAAUAGAUGUCCAGUAUGCAGAAAAGCACGUCUUCCAUUUGUGUUUAGGCUCAACAGAAUUAAUACAUUGAAAUGUAAUUUAAUGACCAUUAGUUGCAUCUUUCUCAGAAAACAUUUAGUUGUUUUACUGUUUUUGACGACUGUGCUAAGUGUGAUUAUGGUUCUUUUCUCAUUACAACAUAUUAGUUGCUAUUCAUGAUACAGAUUUGGCCACUGAAAAUUGGUCACAAUGAGCAACAGUGGUCAUUGUCAUGUUUACAGUUGUGCCAUUUUUUUUUUUUUAAUUUCUCUUAUUUACCUGUUGUGUAUGUAUGUUUUUGGUUACUGAUUGAAGAAGCUACAUGUUCCAUCCAUAUGCACAUACUUUGAUGGGAGGCUGUACAAUAUUGUACAUCUUGUCUUCAUAUGAUUAGCUUGGAUCUACUCCUAAAAGCCCUUAAUUUUUGUUUGACUUGCUUUUUCUAAUUCUACAUACAAGGCUAUAUUUACAAAGAAUACAUUAUAUUGCAGAGGUGUAUGUACAUAAGUAGAUAAAUAGCUAUCAGAAUAGGAAUACAUUUGGUUUAGAGAGAGUGUAUGUAUUAGGGAUGGGCAUAAUCUUUUUAAUUUCUUCAAGAUAUAAGUCAAAAUCUGAGUUUAAAUAAAGUUGUUUUAACAUUUUAAAAUAAAUCUGCUUCACUAUGAGUAAAAGGAUUAUUUAGGAUAUUCAGUUUAUAUUACCCGUGACAAGAUUUAUUCUAAAGACUAACUUUCUAAUUUUAUCCAAAGGGAAACAUUUAUUUGAAAUACUCUGACAUUUGUAUUUGUCCUUUUAACUUUGUCCAAACUGUGUAUAUAUAUAUGUUGAGGUGAGCAAACUCUGACAGGGAUGCCAGUGUGAUGAAGGAGAGUUGGCUUUAAUAAUACACAGUUAAGACAUAUAAAGUGACAGGGUGUUAGCUCUGUGUUAGACUGCCUGGAUCUAUGAUACAUACAGUAUGUGUUAUGGGAAUAUGAAAGGUAUUAUUUAGUACAAUUUACAAAACGUUUAUAUGACACAAAUACUAAUUACUGGAAAUUGUGACAAAUCUUUUCAUUUAUGUCAAGUGAAAGUGAAACAAGGGAAGUGAUGUGGCAGUUUAUCAUCCUGAAACUUGUCAAGUGUGACAACAGUAUUAGUAAUAUACACCUACAAGUCGUCCGGUAACAAACAUGUUAAUUAAGCUGUCUAAGACUUGUUUAUGCCAAUUUUAAAAAUGUCAGUCUUUUACAAAUCUGAACUUAAUUUGAACACUUUUUUCAUGUUUGUAUAUUGAGAUGAACUUCUAAGUUAGUAAAAAGAUUAGCUGGCAUUUCCCUGCAUUCGGCUUAUGGAGUAAUUGUAAAAGUUUUACAGGGAGGGUGUCCUAUAAAACUUUUAUUAUAGUUUUUAUUCCCUCCACUGGGCAUAACUUCUACACUGUAUAGUUAUUGAUUGAUAAAACAUUUCCUUUCCAUCCUUUCAGUUUUAACCAUUUAGUGAAGCUAUAAAAAAAAAAAUGCCCAUCCCGAGUAUGUUUGAUGUGCAUGUUUUUUUGUUUGCCAAUUACACUCAAUUCACACAAUCUUCAUUAAGUACAGGCUCAUUACAGUGAGACUGAGGCCCAUGUCAAAUUUGGUUCAAGUGGAAUUUCUGUACUGAAAACCCUGCAUUGAGAAAUUUUGGAGAGCAGUGGUGCUUUCCUUGCAAUUAGCCCAGUGUUAUGCUAGAUGGAGCUGUGUUUCUUUCCUGUCUACUCAGGUCUAGUGAAGGGGAAGGCUAUCAAAAUGGAACCAUGAUAUCUUUACUGGUGUGGUUGUGUCAUUGCCUAUUAAAUGUCCAGCUUUGCCAAAAAUCAAAAGUCUAUUUUACUUCAGAUAAAAUAAAAUAAAAGACACCAAUGGGAGUGUUUAAUAUUGACUAACAGGGAUGUUCUUGUUUGUUUCUGGACUCAAACUUGUAUUGUUGAGGCAACUGAAAUGCUGUACUACUGACAUUUAUUUGCGCAAUUAAGCUCAGUUGAUACACAGACAUAUGCACAGUUCAGUGGAAAGUUCAAUUUGUAAUUGUUCCUUAACCACACCAGUCUUGUAAUUUAAUGGUUGUUUAAUGUGUAUGUUAAAACAUCUCAGUAUCUCAGGAAGAUAAGAAGUUUGACAUCUUAUCUGUCCAGUGUUGUUCAUCAAAACAUACAUUUCAGGACUAGUGAGGACUCCCAUCCCAUGAUACUUGUGUUCACAAUGUUACCCCCUCCCCCACCCACCCCCAACGCCCAUCUGACAUCUACUGUGAUCAAUCUGUGUUCUCAGGAAUGUGAGUAAUUUUCUGUAUAAGCAACUUUGA